AGCAGUUUGUGGGAAAGCCAGGGAAUAUCUCUCCUCCCCACUGCAGGGAAAGUGCUGGCAAAAAUCAUGCUCAACAGCCUGGUGGAACAUAUUUCGGAAAGUGUUCUUCCAGAAACACAAUGUGGUUUCUAGAAGUCUAGAUCCACUACCGACAUGAUCUUUGUCUUACGGCAGCUACUUGAGAAGAGCAGAGAGCAGCGCAAAGAUCUGUACAUAGCCUUCAUCGAUCUUAGCAAAGCCUUUGAUACCAUAAACCCUGAGAUUCUCUGGAAACAGCUCUCCAAACUUGGGGUACCACCCAAGUUUCUCUCCAUCCUGCAGCAACUGCAUGAUGGGAUGCAAGCCAGAGUCCUCACGGGAGGACUCCAGUCAGAGUCCUUCAAGGUCGACGUUGGGGUGAAGCAAGGCUGUGUCUUGGCACUGGUCUUGUUCAGUCUCCUCCUCUCAGCCAUCACCCACCUCUUCCAUCAUGCCCUGGGACACAGAGAUGGAGUUCACCUGGAGUACCGCCUUGACGGAAGUCUAUUUAACAUCCGACAGCUCCAGGCUCAUACAAAGACAAAGACCUGCCAAAUCUUUGAGCUUCAGUACGCAGAUGACUGCGCUGUCUUGGCACAUAGCCCAGAGUCCAUGCAGCAUGCCCUAAACACAAUUUCUGGCCUAUACCAGUCCUUUGGUCUCCAGGUCAACAUUCAAAAAACUGAAGUCAUGGUACAAUUCACUAUUCAACCUCCUUCACCCCCAGCUUACAAAUCAAUGGUGUUCCACUUAAACAGAAGGGUUUUUGAGAACAAAAACCUGAAGAUCAGCACCAAGGUUGCCACAUACAAUGCGGUAUGUGCCUCCACUCUGCUCUAUGGGGCAGAAACGUGGACCCCAUACAGACGGCACAUCACAAACUUGGAGGCCUUCCACAUCCAAUGCCUUCAAAAGAUCCUCGGCCUGUCUGGGGAAGAUCGAAUCCCCCAUACAGAGAUUCUUUCCAUGACCAACUCCAUCUGCAUGGAAGCAGCAGUGGCAAAAAAACAUCUUCGCUGGAUAGGGCAUACCAUCUGCAUGCCUGACCACCGCCUACCCCACCAAGCCCUUUACACCGCAAAACGGGCCGCUGGCGGACAAAAGAGGCGCUACAAGGACUACACGAAAGAUCUCCUGAAGCACUGCAACAUAAACUCCACCCAUCUGGAACCUCUGACACUCGAUAGAUCGGCCUGGCAGGUCACCUGUGCCAGGGUUUGA